AUGGCGGCCGCGUUGCUGCUCCUGCGCGCCCUCCGCCGAGGACCCUGGCCGGGUCCGGAGCGGCUGUGGGGCCCGGGCCUCCUCGCCGGGGCUGGGAGCAGGCGGCCGUACGUGGUCCGCAGGCCCCCGGUGGGUGUCGCCGAAGCCGGCGGCCGGGCCCUGCAGAGUUUGCAAUUGCGAACGCUAACCCCAACCUUUGAAGGGAUCAGGGGAUUGUUACUGAAACAGCAUCUACUUCAAAAUCCAUUCAGACUCUGGCAACUUUUAGGUGGUACUUACUAUUUCAACACCUCAACGAUGAAGCAGAAAAAUAACGACAAUGAUAAAUCCAAGAGGAAGGCCCCUGAAGAUGACGAAGAGGAGAGGAGAAGGAAGCAGCGGGAGGACCAGAUGUACCGCGAGCGGCUACGCACCCUGCUUGUCAUCGCCAUCGUCAUGAGCCUGCUGAACUCUCUGAGCUCCAGCGGGGGCAGCAUUUCCUGGAACGACUUUGUCAAGGAGAUGCUGGCCAAAGGCGAGGUGCAGCGUGUGCAGGUGGUACCUGAGAGCGAUGUGGUGGAAGUCUACCUGCACCCUGGAGCCGUGGUGUUUGGGCGACCUAGACUGGCCUUGAUGUACCGAAUGCAGGUCGCCAACAUUGACAAGUUUGAAGAGAAGCUUCGAGCAGCUGAAGACGAGCUGAACAUCGAGAGCAAGGACAGGAUCCCAGUUUCCUAUAAGCGCACUGGAUUCUUUGGAAAUGCCCUGUACGCCCUGGGGAUGACAGCGGUGGGCUUGGCCAUCCUGUGGUAUAUUUUCCGUCUGGCUGGGAUGACGGGAAGGGAAGGCGGAUUCAGUGCUUUCAAUCAACUCAAAAUGGCUCGUUUCACAAUUGUGGAUGGGAAGUCAGGGAAGGGCGUGAGCUUCCAGGAUGUGGCAGGAAUGCACGAGGCAAAGCGGGAAGUCCGAGAGUUUGUGGACUACCUGAAGAGCCCGGAGCGCUUCCUUCAGCUUGGCGCCAAGGUUCCAAAAGGUGCACUGUUACUCGGUCCCCCUGGCUGUGGGAAGACGCUACUGGCCAAGGCAGUAGCCACUGAAGCCCAGGUGCCCUUCUUGGCAAUGGCUGGCCCGGAAUUUGUGGAGGUCAUUGGAGGCCUAGGUGCUGCCCGUGUGCGUAGCCUCUUCAAGGAAGCCCGUGCCCGAGCCCCCUGCAUAGUGUACAUUGAUGAGAUUGACGCCGUGGGCAAGAAGCGCUCCACCUCCACGUCCAGCUUCUCCAGCACAGAGGAAGAGCAGACCCUCAACCAACUCCUGGUUGAGAUGGAUGGGAUGGGCACCACAGACCAUGUCAUUGUGCUGGCAUCCACAAAUCGAGCCGACGUUUUGGACACGGCUCUGAUGAGGCCCGGCCGACUGGACCGUCAUGUCUUCAUUGACCUUCCCACACUGCAGGAGAGGCGGGAGAUCUUCGAGCAGCACCUGAAGAGUCUGAAGCUCACCCAAGCCAGCAGCUUCUACUCCCAGCGGCUGGCAGAACUGACACCCGGAUUCAGUGGUGCUGACAUCGCCAACAUCUGUAACGAGGCUGCGCUGCACGCCGCACGGGAGGGGCACACGUCUGUGCACACCUUCAGCUUUGAAUAUGCAGUGGAGCGUGUGGUGGCUGGGACUGCUAAAAAGAGCAGGAUCCUCUCCAAGGAGGAGCAGAGGGUGGUCGCCUUUCACGAGUCCGGCCACGCCUUGGUUGGCUGGCUGCUGGAGCACACGGAGGCUGUGAUGAAGGUCUCCAUAGCACCUCGGACCAAUGCCGCCCUGGGCUUUGCUCAGAUGCUCCCAAGAGACCAGCACCUCUUCACCACAGAGCAGCUGUUCGAGCGGAUGUGCAUGGCCCUGGGUGGUCGAGCAGCUGAGGCGAUCUCCUUCAGCAGGGUCACUUCUGGGGCCCAGGAUGACCUGAAGAAGGUCACCCGCAUCGCUUACUCCAUGGUGAAGCAGUUUGGGAUGGCACCUGGCAUCGGGCCUGUCUCCUUUCCCGAGGCACAAGAGGGCUUCAUGGGCAUCGGACGACGCCCCUUCAGCCAGGGCCUCCAGCAGAUGAUGGACCAUGAAGCAAAACUGCUGGUGACCAAGGCCUACAGACAUACCGAGAAGGUGCUGCUGGACAACCUAGACAAGCUGCAGGCGCUGGCAAAUGCCCUUCUGGAAAAGGAAGUGAUAAACUAUGAGGACAUUGAGGCUCUCAUUGGCCCACCGCCCCAUGGGCCUAAGAAAAUGAUCCCACCACAGAGGUGGAUUGAUGCCCAAAGGGAGCAGCAAGCCUCUGGGGAGGAGGAGGUGGCCCAGCAGCCUACACCCCAGGGGGAAGAGCCCUCUUGGCCCAGAUAGCUGCAGCUCUUCGACCGCACCUCGGUGAUCCAGGGCUUCUCCCCAGCAGCCCCUCACCCCCGCCCCAUUUCCUGUCGUGUGAGAUUUGCACCUGUGCCUGUGGAGCCUUCCAGGCCUCUGUGGCGGGCCUGUCUGCUGGUCUCUGUCAGUGUUAGCCACCUCUUCAGAGGCAGCUGGCACUCCUGGUAUUUGCACAUCGCUCCCCCGUUAGGAAUGCACGUGGAGGUGCCCCAGUUCCCAGGUCCAGGACUCGCACUGCACGUGUGGCUGCAUGGUCCAGAGACAGCCCAGCAAUCAGACUGAAGCCAGGCCUGUCCUGAGACUCCCACGGAAUGCUAACAGGGUCCACCACGAAGGGCCCUCUGAGCCACUUGGCCUCUUCUCAUGGCACUCACUCAGCAAGGGACAACAGCUUUGGGACUGGGCACUGGGCCCUAGAGGACUCAAACAUCGCACCUGCCGCCGUGUGGACAGCUGUGAGGAGGGAACCUCUCUCUCUGGUCCAGCCUUGUGUGUGGGGAAACACCUGGGUUUUGACCCCGCUGAGGGUCGCGCUGCUUCACUGACAAGUUCUGUGGUGGGGCUGGGGGGCAGCUUGGGUUAGCGCGUGCCUAACGUGCACACUCCGGGUCCAUCCCCAACACCACAAAGAAAAAUAAAAUCCUGCAGGUGGAGAGCCUUUGUGCUGCACUGCCCAGGUUACAGAG